AUGUCUCUUCUUUCUUCUGUUUUCGUUUCAUUCUUCUCUCUUCUUUUCAUACUUUCACUUCAAUGCCAAAAAGCUUCUUCUCUUCAUCAUCAUCAUCAUCACCACCAUUACCAUUUUCACCAUCAAAAACCCAUUUUGAAAUCUAACAACAACCAAAGCACUUGUGCAUUGUUUGUAGGCACUUGGGUUCAUGAUGAAAGUUACCCUUUUUAUGAAUCUUCUAGCUGUGAAAUCAUAGACCCGGAAUUCAAUUGUCAAAUGUAUGGCCGCCCGGAUUCUGAUUACCUUAAAUACAGAUGGAAGCCCCUCAAUUGUGAGCUCCCAAGGUUCAAUGGUGUUGAGUUUCUGAUGAAGAUGAAAGGAAAAACUGUAAUGUUUGUUGGUGACUCGUUAGGAAGGAACCAAUGGCAGUCUUUGAUUUGUAUGCUAUCUGCUGCAGUACCUCAAUCAUUGACACAACUAGUCAGUGAAGAUCCUCUUUCCACAUUCACAUUCAUGGACUAUGGUGUGGAGAUUUCAUUUCACAGAGCUCCUUAUUUGGUGGAUAUGGAUAUGGUCCAAGGGAAGAGAAUAUUGAGGCUUGGUGAGGCAGAUAAGAAUGGUAAUACAUGGAAGAGUGCUGAUGUAUUGUUGUUCAACACAGGACAUUGGUGGACUCAUCAAGGAUCACUUCAAGGAUGGGAUUAUCUAGAAUUAAGAGGGGAGUAUUAUCCCGACAUGGAUCGAUUAGGAGCGUUGGAAAGUGGUAUGAAAACUUGGGCUACUUGGGUCGAUGCAAAUAUCGACAGAAGUAGAACCCAAGUGUUAUUUCAGGCAAUUUCUCCAACUCAUUACAACCAAAAUGAAUGGAAUGCAGAAGCUGGUAGAGCAACAACUAUGAUGACAACAAAGAAUUGCUAUGGUGAAACAGCGCCAAUCAGAGGCACGACAAUAAACCAUGGAGGAGGUGAAACAUACACCGAACAACAGAUGAGAAUAGUGGAUAUGGUGAUUCGUGAAAUGCGCGACCCUGCAUACCUUCUUGACAUCACCAUGCUAUCAGCAUUGAGGAAAGAUGGACAUCCUUCCAUUUAUAGUGGUGAUUUGAAUCCUCAGCAGAAAGCUAACCCGGAUCACUCGGCUGAUUGUAGUCAUUGGUGUCUUCCUGGUUUGCCUGAUACUUGGAAUCAACUUCUCUAUGUUGCUUUAUUCUAUUAA